UUGUCGAUUGUCACGUUCAUGUCUUUCAAUUUUCAUUUCUAUUGGAAGUAUUGGAUGAGGAUCAUGCAAAUUGUGUGAAUAUUUUUAAAGUUUCGUGCUCUUUUGACCCCAUUACUUAACAAGUUCACAUGAUAAAGUUAAUAAUGAUAUUAUCGAAGUGUUCUGUAUAUUAUAAACACAGUUGCCUCAAGGAUAUAUGAAUACAAUAAGAACAAUAUAAGGAAAUUGACGUAUUUAUAAGUGGAAUUACCUAUUUAAUUCAUAACUUUAGUAAAGCGAUUACGAUGAGUUUGGCAAGCUGAGGCGCCGGGCGGCGAUGGGGAUGGCGUGCUCUCCGAGCUUCACCACACUAUGUCGCUUGUCAUCGACAGAUUGAACGAAGAAAAAGAGCGGUCGCCGUGUUUGGAAGCGCAAGACAGCAUCGCGGAGAAGAUGUUCGGGGCUCAGCGGCGCAUCGCGCUCGACGUGCUGCUCGUGUGCUGGGGGCUCGGCACGUGGCUCGGCGUCAACGGGCUCUUCGUGCAGCUGCCGCUCCUCGUGGAGAGGCUGCCCGAGCAGUGGGCGCUGCCCUCCUCCAUGACGGUGGCCAUUCAGUGCGCCAAUAUCGGCCUGCUCAUCUACGCCUCCAUCCGCAAAGUGACGCGCAUAUCGGACGCUCUUUGCAUCUAUGGACUGCUCGCCAUCGGCACGACGGCUCUGUUUCUCAACGCGUUCUUGUACUCAGAAACAGCAGUGAUCGGUGGAACGGAAAGGUCUAUGGCAUUCCUCAUCCUCACGUUCUUCGUCGCUCUCGUCGGCUGCACGAGCUCGGUGCUGUUCUAUCCCUAUUUGAGACAUUACCGGGAAAUGUAUCUAGCCACAUAUUUAGUGGGUGAAGGUUUAAGUGGCUUCAUCCCGUCGAUACUCGCCUUGAUUCAAGGAAUCGGGGGGGAACCGGAGUGCGUCCUGUCCGCGGACAACUCGACGAUGACCGCAGUAUAUCCGCCGGCGCGAUUCAACUCGAUGGUCUUUAUAAUUCUGCUCGGGAUGCUGUCCGCGCUGAGUCUGACCAGCUUCUGCGUGUUGCACAACUACUCGGGCUUCUCGUCGGAGCGCGUGAAGGAGAGCGCGGCCGCGAAGGAGGAGGAGGCGACCCUGCCGCGGGAGUCGCUGUACCGCGCCAAGUGGGUCGGGCUGAUGGCGCUGAUGGCGAGCCUGAACGCGCUGUUCAACGGCGUGAUGCCGUCGGUGCAGUCGUACUCGUGCAUGCCGUACGGCACGCGGACGUACCACCUGUCGGUGACGCUGGGCGCGAUGGCCAACCCGGUGGCGUGCCUGGCGGGCGUGUGGCUGCGGCCCCCCCCGGCGCGCUGGCUGGGCGCGGCGCUGGCGCUGGCCGCCGCGCUGCUGGCCUACAUCCUCGCCACCGCCGUAACCAGCCCCGCGCCGCCGCUCUACACGCACACGGGAGGAGCCGUGCUCGUGGUGUUCUGCUGGGUGUUAGCGAGCGGGUUGAUAUCGUACGCGCGCAUGUGGGUGUACGGGUGGGCGCGGCGCGGGGGCGCGCGGGGCAUGCGCGUGUGCGGCGCCGUGGGACAGGCUGGCUCUGCCAUCGGCUCGCUGGCUCUGUUCAUUAUCGUCAACUACACGAACGUCUUCCAGCAGGCACAAGUCUGCCAUAACAAUAUAUAGCGGACUUCAAAUUGUGUUUAGACGUUUUUAGGACGAAAUUCUACGCCGCAGGACGGUGCAAGAUAAACUGCCUGUAUCUGACGCCUUUUUAAAGUUGUGCAUGUUUUGAGGCAUAGUUUCUCGAUGGUAGUACAAAGUGUCUGCCUGUUAUUGAUUGAUGCUUAGCUUUAAGUAGCGAAUUUACAAAAACUCUAACAGAGUUGUGUGCGAAACAAAGUGCGUAGUACCAAGAAUAGUAUGUACGUGUUGAUAUUGUACGUCGAUUGUUGACUUUUAUUGUUAAGGUCUUGCACGAAUUCAGAAUGCAUAUAGUAAAAAAUUGUUAUUGCUUGUUUUUUACCUCGUAAAUUUUUGUAACUAGCAAAACAUGAAGGUGACAAAAAAUUUUACCAAUAUUUUGACGUGAUCAAUUUUAUGCAAACCUCGUGUUAUCUGUUGAAGUUGAAACAUAUUUGAAUAUCGUAAUAUUCAAAAGUGUUUUUGUUAUGUUAUCGGAUAUUUUAUUUAUGAUUUUAUUUAUGAAAUUUAUUUAGGAGUUGACUACAUUUUUCUGACGACGGUUUGAUAACAUUUUUCGACAUUGUGAAUUCGUGUAUCCGAAGCAUUAUGUUCAUAUGCACAGAUGAUAAAAUGUAGGUUUAAGUAGCCAAAUAAUGAAUUCGGGAGCAAUUCAUACGGUACCUACUUGGGUACUAUUUUAAGUAUUUUUGUCAAAACGUCGAGUUACAAAUGUAAUUAUUUAUUAUAUAAUAUACUAUUUCACAUAUUUUUUCGCUUUAGCGAUUACGUACAAUGAAUUUUAGUUUAUUUAUUUUUGACUAAAUAUGUCUGUAUCCAAUACUUCCAAAACAGUAACUAGACGUAUCAAAGAUAAAAAAAUAUCAAAGCUUCAUUUCUAUGAAUAGUUAGUAGUUACCUACUUAUUUUUGUUCCACAUGAGAGUAUAUUAUAAAAUAGUUUUAAGAAAAUUGUAAAUGCGUAAUAUUUGACACAUAAUAUGGACUCUUUCGUAGUCACUGGAACCACUUGGAACGUAAUAUUGUUAAUUAUUUCAUAAGCUUGUUAUUUUAAAAAUAUUAUAAGUAUGAUUGUUAUGAUUGAUAGUAGUAUCGAGUAAGCUGAAUGUAAGAAGCUUUAGGGAUUUAUAAAUUAUUAUGGCGUAUUUAUAAAUUGUUUAUUGAUUAUGUUAUAAGUUACAUAUUUAUAUGAAGUUUUGCCCACAUUUUUUAAUGCCCCAAUGUUCCAUAUAAAAAAGUGUGUGUGCGCGACACGUGUCAAAAGUGAAACUUCUUUGGCAAGAUUAAAAGAUACCAAAAUCGUCGCCUUACUUUGAGGACGUGACGCUAUUGCCAUGACACCUUAAAAUUUUAUUCUGAACGCGCCUUCUAAAGUUUCACUUAAAAAAUAUUAUUGUUUUAAUAAUGUUAAUAAUGGAAUACUACAGAAGGACAGUAUUUAAUUAGAAGUGAAAGACUUGUUAUCAACCGUUGUGCUUAUAUUUUUUUCUAAACUAUGUCAGGCUUUGUUGAUUUUCAGUUAAUUAUUUUAUCCGAUAAGACAUUGCAAAUGUUUGUGAAAGUUUAUUGUUUAUAUAUUAUGACUUAAAUUUAAGUACUUAUUUGCAUAUAAAUUAUACUAUUUUGGCAGCAGUUUUGUAAGUUUAUUGGCCGUUCAUUGUCACUUAAUUGUCUACUUAUUGGAGUAGAAAUUGUUUUUUUUUAUUUUGUUAGGUAUGUGUAUUAAAUUUUAAUUGGAACAUUGCUCAGAUAAAUUUUAUAUGCAUAGAUGCAAUUCUAUUGUAUUUUGUAUCAUAGCUCUAACAGAAGUGGAAAAUUAGAUAUUUUUGUCACAAUUUUAUAUAUGGCAAUUUUUUGAUUUUUGAGUCUCUCACUUGGUUGAGGUUUUGAGUUAGGUAAAUAUGACGUAAAGUUUUGUUUUAUCAAGUUAUUUCAACUGAGUUGAAAUUGGUAUUUUUAUUUUGACAUAAUUUUUGGAAAAUUAUUAACCUUCAUUUUUUCCAAAUGUGUUUUUUGUUUGAAUAUACAUACAUUAUUUGUAGUACAGACCUGCAUAGUGAUUCAUUAUAUUAUCACAUAAAUGAUGUUUAUUUAAGUUUUAUAGACUUUAAUAUAUUUUGAGCUAAAUGAAUUAAAUAUUCAUAUUAAUAAAUUUAUUAAAUUGUAAAUUAAAAUCUUUGUAAAGCAGAGAAUAAAUCGGUGCUUUAUUAUUAUCCUUAAGUUUUUGACACGUCAAAUAUUUAUAUAUGUAUUAUUGAAAUGGACAUUGAAGGAAAUACAACAUGUUUAUUGUUGAUUUUUUAUAUAACAUCGUGUACUUAAUAAACCUAUAUCUCAGCUGGCUAC